GCAUCGCCAUCAUCCAAUCAAAUCAAAUAUGCUGCGGGAGACCUUUUUUUAAAGCUGGCUAAUCCGAGCAGGGGAGGUGGAUUCGCAGAUGCAGAGAGAAUGGCCAAUGGAUGCUCGCAUGACUUGGACUAUGACGGAGCGAGAAAUAGAUGGGAUUGAUAGAAUUCCUGUCCAAUUCCAACCCAGCUCUCGCUUUUACCCUCCCUACAGCAGACCUAUGCGGUGGCGGUCUUGCCACUCCAUCCAUCGGAGCGCGAGAAUAUUUCGAGCGACUGGCGCCUGCUCUAAUCAUAUAACUUGAGCGAUUAAAAAGGCGGGUUUUCCGCUUCCGGGGCUCUAAAUUGCAAGAUAACUUUUUCCCCCUUUUUACACUGACAGACGCUUGGUGCAAUGAGAAUGAUAGGCUUCGAUUAAGCUGUCCAAUGGAGGCCGGGUGGGCGGAGUUCGGAACUGGAGGCGGUUCCAAGAUGGCGGUGGGUGCGUGAGGCGCGAUACUCAGCGCGCGAUUCCCUCUCGCUGGCGCUCGCCGCCAUGAAGGGCAAGGAGCGUUCUCCUGCCAAGGCCAAACGAUCCCGGGGUGGCGAGGACUCUUCGUCGGCGCGGGGCGAGCGGAGCAGCAAGAAGCCGAGCAGCGGCAGUAACGGCGGCAGCAAAUCGGCGGGUGGCGGCUCCGGAGAGGGCGGCGGCGGCGGCGGCAGUAGCAGCAGCCGGCGGAGCCUUCACUUGGAGAAGAGCGGCCGGGCGGGUAGCCGCGAGUAUGAGUCCGCCACGGUGGGCAGCUCCGGGGGCGGCGGGAGCAGCAGCCGUCACGGCUACAGCAACAGCAGCAGCAAGAAUGCGGAGUCCUCCUCGACUUCGCGGGGAAGCGGCAGCCGUGGAGGCGGGGAUUCCCGGGCGCCCCCCUCCGACUCCGGCAGCAGCAGUGAGUACAAGACGCUCAAGAUCAGCGAGCUGGGCUCGGCGCUCAGCGACGAGGCCAUCGAGGACGGGCUUUUCCACGAGUUCAAGCGCUUCGGAGACGUGAGUGUCAAAAUCAGCCGCUUGCCACCCGGCACCGGGGCGGGCGACGAGCGGGUGGCCUUCGUCAACUUUCGCCGCCCUGAGGACGCCCGCGCCGCCAAGCAUGCUCGCGGCCGCUUGGUCCUCUACGACCGGCCGUUGAAGAUCGAGGCUGUCUACGUGGGGGUCAGCAGCGGAGGAGGGGGGAGCGGCCGGCGGCGCAGCAGUCGUUCCCCGGCUCUUCUGGAUAAGGAAUCUCCCUACGGCACCACCGCGGUAGGCGUAGCAGGCGUGGCCGCCGCAGCCCUCCGGCAUCCUCCCGCAGGGGCUACCCAGCGGGCGCUCUCCCCAGCUGGGGGAGGAGCAGGCUUGGGAUACAGAGACUUCAGGCUGCAGCAGCUCGCCCUGGGCCGCCUGCCACCGCCUCCACUGCCUAGGGAGUUGGAAAGAGAACGGGAUUAUGGGGGCUUCUAUGACCGCGUAAGGCCUGCUUACAGCUUGGAUCGAGUGGCUGGGGUGGCUGCAGCAGCAGCUGGGUUUCGUGGGGUUGGCAGCACAGGAACUGCCAGUGAGGAGGAAAUCAGCCCGGAGGAUGACCAGAGAGCCAAUCGCACACUUUUCUUAGGCAACUUGGAUAUAUCUGUGAGUGAGUCAGACCUCCGCCGGGCUUUUGACCGCUUUGGGGUUAUCACUGAGGUGGACAUCAAGCGGUCAGCCCGAGGUCAGACUAGCACCUAUGGAUUUCUCAAGUUUGAGAACCUGGAUAUGGCCCAUCGGGCUAAACUAGCUAUGUCUGGUAAAGUGCUGCUGCGUAAUCCUAUCAAGAUUGGCUAUGGUAAGGCAACCCCUACCACAAGACUCUGGGUGGGUGGCUUGGGGCCUUGGGUGCCAUUGGCUGCCCUUGCCAGGGAGUUUGAUCGUUUUGGCACUAUUCGCACCAUUGAUUAUCGUAAAGGUGACUCAUGGGCUUACAUCCAGUAUGAGAGCUUGGAUGCUGCACAGGCUGCUUGUACCCAUAUGCGUGGCUUUCCUUUGGGUGGGCCAGAUCGCCGUCUGCGGGUGGACUUUGCUGACACUGAACAUCGCUAUCAGCAGCCCUAUUUGCAGCCUUUGCCACUUCCCCCUCCUACCCACUAUGACUUGGUAGCAGAAACAUCUGCUUUUGGGGCACAUCGGGGAGCUCCUUCAGAUCCACUCCGAAGUGCUCGAGAUAGGACCCCACCACUGUUGUAUGGUGAUCGUGACAGAGAUCUCUACCCUGAGACAGAGUGGGUGCCUCCCCCACCUCCAGUUCGAGACAGAGGUAACAGAGCAACCAUUUAUGAUGCACUUGAAAGUCUGGAACGCCGACGAGAUGGUUGGUCUCUAGAAAGAACUCGAGGGGAGAGGGAGCUGGGCAGCAGCAGUAGGGAUCCCCCCAGGAAGCGGAGACUAGUGGAAGAUGGGGGGCGGCAUUUGGACCGUUCACCAGACAGUGAGCGGUCAUCUUCAUCCCGAAAGCGGCACUGCCCAGCAGCAGCCUCUCCACAAGACCGUAGUCCUGAGCCAGGCAUGGGCAGAGACCGCUACAGUAGCGAUACGGAACGACCAUCCUCCCGUUUGCUCCUACUUGAACGCCCUUCGCCCAUUAGAGAGCCACGAAGGGGUAGCUUGGAGAGAGGCCAGAGUGAGAAGCGGGACCACAAGAGUUCAGCAGAAAGGGAAAGAAAACAUCGCACGCUCACAUCAGCUGCCACCCAAGAGUGCAAGAGCCCAGCUAAAAAGGAUGAGCAUGCUUCUGAAGGAAGCAGUGGUGGUGGUGCUCGACUGAAACCGCCACCCCAAAAGCAACAGCAGCAGCAGGAUGGAACCUCAAAGUCUGGCUCAUCCCCCAAACUGUGCCUGGCCUGGCAGGGAAUGCUUCUACUGAAGAACAGCAACUUUCCAUCUAACAUGCAUUUACUUCAAGGGGAUCUGAGUGUGGCCAGCAGUCUCCUGGUGGAAGGAGCAACUGGUGGCAAAGUGGCCCAGUUAAAGAUCACUCAGCGUCUCCGUUUGGACCAGCCUAAGCUGGAUGAGGUUACCCGGCGUAUCAAAGUGGCGGGGCCCAAUGGAUAUGCCAUUCUCCUGGCUGUGCCUGGUACCACAGACAACCGUGCCUCAUCUGGGGCUGGUGAAGCUAACACCACCUCUACACAGCGGCCACUCAGAAACCUGGUGUCCUAUCUUAAACAAAAACAGGCAGCUGGGGUGAUAAGCCUCCCUGUAGGGGGCAACAAAGACAAAGAAAACAGCGGGGUCUUGCAUGCUUUCCCACCCUGUGAUUUUUCUCAGCAGUUCCUGGAUUCUACAGCCAAGGCCCUGGCUAAAUCAGAGGAUGACUAUUUGGUCAUGAUCAUUGUCCGCGGUGCAUCUUAAAGCCCGAAUGCUUUCUGUGCUCUGCCCUGCUGCUUCACACAGCCCCCUUGAUCCAGUGUCUGCCAGGUGCUAUGCGAUAAGCCUUAGCCAGCUCCCUGAGUAUAAUUUUUAAUUAGAUUUGUAGCUGUUACCUUCCCAUCCCCACCCUCAUUUUCUAUAAACACUUUAGAAGGCAAAUGUGUUAGGUAUUUGUUAGGAUGACUAGGUUAACUUUGACUAUCUCACAUAUGUGUAGGUAGCAGGAGAGAAAGGUCUGCUUCAACUACAAUAUGAAACCCAGAACAAGUUUGCUUCUUUUUUUAGCUUUUGUCCUUUUUCAUUUCAUAACUUUAAAGCAGAUGAAAAUUUCUUCCCUACAUUUUCAAAUCUAAAUGGCCAGAUUUAAAGUAUCCGUGCUCAUAUAGAGUUGCAUGCCUAAAAAGAUGAGCAAAAGCCCAUUCUGAGCCCUUGGCUUCAGUGAAGGCCUUGAGAUUUAAAAUCAAAACCCCUCCAUGAACAACUUGAGAGAUUUUAAAAUUAGAGUUGAAUUGACUCAAGGUGGACUUCCCUGAGGCAGCUGACACUUAAGCCUUUGUGGUAUACUGUAGACUUCUUUCACUGGGUAUUAGUUUUUUUGCCAAGUUCACAGAAAUGCAUGCCCACAAAGAAUGCUUUUAACAGGUCUAUUCUGUUUGCUUGAACCUUAUAUGCAUUUUGGGGUUGUAGUUAUGUGAUAAAAGAGCUGAGAGCUUUACUACAAUCCAUGAACAUCUUGUGCUUCAAUAUGCAAGAAGCAGGUGCUUUUAAGACAACUGUGAUUACUUGCAUUUUUGUUCUUUAUUGCCCUUUACUAAGUGUGGUAGGUACAGUAAAUUCCAAAAGUUAUGUUGAAAACCAUAACUUUCAGAGAUGACUUUUAAUUCUUGUUCUGCCACACAACCCUUUCAAUAUUGUUUUAUGCCCUUGAUAACAGAAAGGAAUGCUACCUGCUAGAUAUUUUUCUGGUAAAGUAUAAUGGGCAUUAUGCAAGGUUUUAUAGUCGUCUGGAUUGCACUGUUUUAAUCUUGACAUUUUUGUAAUCAUCUUGUUCCAAAUGUUAAGGAAGCAGUUCACUUUGUUCAAAGAACAUAAUUUUUUUGAAAACGAGCAUUAUUUUAAUAGCUCCACAAAAAUUCCCCGAUAAGCCUAGGAAAAAAUCGCUAUUCAAAUGUGUGGCUUUGUUUGCCUCAUCUCUUCACUGGUCCAAAUUUAUAUUAGUCCUCUCAGACAUUGUAUCAGUUUCUGGGUAACAAUGUUAUUUUCCACAGUGUGUAAAACAGUUCUGCCCAGGUUUAAAGGAUUAAACUGUGAUGUAAAAACAAUGUGCAGUAUGUUGAGAAGCAGUUACUACUCUUAAAAGUUGCUUUUUAGAGUGGUGCCCCACUUCUCAAACAAGCUUGUUCUUUCCUUUUUUAAAAAAAAAAAACAUGGCUAUAGCAGCCUGCAAGAAGAAGCUCCAUACUCUUUGGAAUAAUUGUUAGUGCAUAAUUGAACAUAUUUGCUUGAGGGAAGAAUACUUCAAAUUGUGGACUUAAUCACUUCAAUUUAAAUACAGAGUCCAGCCAUUUUUCUUAUUAACAAUGAGAGUUGUGUAAUUUGAAAUAGUAACACUAACCUAAGGGAAGUGUUUCAUAAGCUACCUGCUUCUAAACAAUGUAAGGACAGGUGUAUGCCACAUGUUACUAUGUAACAAUAUUGCUGGGUUUUCUGUGUCACUUCAUUUUUCAAGCACCAGUGGCACAUGUUCCCUCACUGUAUGUAUUUGAGGAAGAGGUCUGAUCUCUAUGUUGGACUGAUGAACCAUUUAGAGAUGACCACUUGCAUAGCUGUUCUUUAAAAAAAAAUAUUAUAUUUUUGUGUUUUCAAAUUCAAAAGUCAGGUUUGUCAACAAUAGUGUAUAUUAAUUCUGAUAUGGAGUCCUCCCUGUUAAGAGCCCUACAGAACUUGAGCUUGAGGUCAAUUGUCUGAAUAUAUAUGCUGGCAGCUGGUGUUAGGAAAUUGCCACACCAUAAAUUUUUUCCUCCUAGAAAACAGAAACAAAUUAUGUUUGUUUGCUGCUUAUCUUCAUGACUUGAAGUGUACAAUGGUCAAAUGGAAUGGGCAGUUUAAGAUUUUCCAGAUACUUAUUUCAAAUUAUUUGCUUCGGUUAAAAAAUAUGGUCAAUUUGUAGCUAAAAGAGGAACAUUAGAAUUGUAAGAGCCCUCUAUAAGGUAAAAUGAUUGACAAGCAACAUUCUGUGACACAGCACUUAGCCACAGCUGCCGUAAACAAAAACAUGUUUUUGUGGGGUGGGGAGGGGCUGUAUCUGCUCCAAAUGUGCAAACACAUGCAGGUAUCCACUUAAGCAAUCCUGGCAAGAGUUCAGCACUAGCAAAAAAAAAAAAAAAAGAGUUUAAUGCCACUUCUACACAGAUGAAAACAGAGAAUUGUUUUCUGUACAUGGCAUUAUGGAGCUUUAGUAGAAGCAAGAAAUACUUGAAUGUUGCAUGUAUUCACACGUCUCUUUCCCAUCCAUUAGAGUGUAUUGCAUUAGAAUGGCCAACCUACCCCCAUGCCCACCCUGGAAAUAUCAUUUAAUAGCCACUCUUUUUGCUGCUUGGGGGAAAAAACUUAAGUGGCAUAUUGUCAAUAAGAUUUCAGUUUUACAAUUGGAAAGUUUAAACAGCUGUUUUGACUGUUAACCAGUGACGGCGCAUGCUUGGAAGUUCAGUGUGUGGACUGCUGUUGGCUGGCAGUAUGGCAUGAACUUAAGGCUACCUCAUUACUGUGAGAGCCGCUUCUGUGUUCUAUAAUAGUGACUUCCUAUUUUGAGAAGUCUAAAGGGGAACAUUGAAACUAGAGGCAAGGCUUGCAUUUUUAAAGCAAUCUUAAAUGUGGAUCUUUUUCCCCCCAAGGAGGUCAGUGGAGAAAAGAAGCAACUUCCUUGGACAGCUUAAAUAGCGGGAGUGUGGCCAUGAUUUAGAAUAAAAGGUUAUAGAGAAUACAUCCAAAGACCUCUUGGUGUUGGAUGAUAAAUGGAAAAGCUAGGGGUUCAACUAAAACAUUAUGUUUUAACUUGAAAAGUAAUUGGAAGUGAAAAAGUCAUUGUAAAAAUACCUAGAUAUGUAUAAUUUCCCUUGGCUUCCAUUUAUUUUCUGUAGAUAAAAAUAAGGAUUGAUAUUCCGGAUAUGUAAAUUGAUGAUAAAUAUUUCCAGUUAUGCUUAUCAAAAUGACAGUAUUUUGGAAAAGCUGGAAUUUCCCCCCCCCAAAAAAUGCAGAGGGAUUGGGGGAAAUCCAGUGUACAUCAUUGGCUUUUUUUUUUUUUUUUUUUUGUUCUCCAGUAACUAUUGAGCUCUGCUGGAGAUACACAGCAAAGUAAGGAAAAGAAAUACACAAAUGGAACAUUCAAUUACAUGUUCUAGUUUGAAUUGCUUUUUUGAAAUGAGAGAAAUGGCAUGAAUUGUGAAAUAAUUCUAUUGCUUUUUCUCCUGGGUUUUUACCUUUUUUAUCAAUUCAGUGAAAAACUUUCAGUCUGUAACUUGCGUUUUGAAACCCCUAAACUGCUUAUUGUGUAUCUGUACCCAGACAUUGAUUCAUUUCAGGAUUUGUGUCAGUGAGGGGUGAUUGGUGCUUUCAGACUCUACCUAGAAUAUGGAGUAAAAAGCCUUGUAAUUCUAAAAAAAUAUCUGUAACAUAGGGGGAGGACAAAUCUGUUGUAAGUAUUUGUACUGAAUAACCUCUUCUUUCCUCCUGAAAGCAAAGCUGGUGAACUGCCGAAGAUGACAAGGGAUUCCAAGUUCUAAUGGACCUUUGCGAAGAAAAGCUUUGGCUUGUGUGGAAUUUACAUGGGCCUCAUGGAAGAAAGCUUAUCUGUUUAGUAUUUGUGCAUUUUACUAAAAUGGCAGCUUUAAAAAAAAGUUGUGUAUCUGCUAUUGUGAUGCCAAUGCCCGUGUUUUAAGUGGAAAAUUGACCUCUUUGCUUUGUGCUGUGUACACAAGAUUUCUGCAAAAGUAAAGGGAAAAAAAACCUUUUUAUGGCUCACACAGCUUAAAGUAGCUGUCACUCAAAACAUGCGCUCACAGUCGAGCUGAUUUUGUUUCAUUCUAAAUAAAUUGUUUCUUUUGAGGAAAAUGGUU